UCAGUAGGUUGUGUGAAUAAUUUGGCUGUGAAGAUGAAGGUGAUAGACAAGAUCCGGAGCGAAAGCGGCGUGAUGUUCUCGUUCGAGUUCUUUCCCCCGAAGACGGAGGAUGGAGUGGACAAUCUGUUCGAUCGCAUUGAGCGGAUGGUUGCCUACAGCCCGGCCUUCUGCGACAUCACGUGGGGCGCCGGAGGAACCACCGCCGAUCUCUCCCUUGAGAUCGCCAACCGCAUGCAGAACAUGGUCUGCGUCGAGACCAUGAUGCACCUCACCUGCACCAACAUGCCCCUCAGCAGCAUCGACCACGCCCUCUCCACCAUCAACUCCAAUGGCAUCCACAACGUCCUCGCCCUCCGCGGUGACCCUCCUCACGGCCAGGACAAGUUUGUCCAGGUCCAAGGCGGCUUCGCCUCCGCCCUCGACCUCGUCAAGCAUAUCCGUGCCAAGUAUGGGGAUUACUUUGGCAUUUGUGUUGCUGGCUAUCCAGAGGGCCAUCCUGAGGUAAUUCAGGAGAAUGGACUUGUUACAGCAGAGGCAUACCAGAAUGAACUUGUUUAUCUCAAGCAAAAGAUUGAUGCUGGAGGUGAAGUCAUCAUAACCCAGCUCUUCUAUGACACUGACAUCUUCCUCAAGUUCGUGACUGACUGUCGCCAGAUUGGAAUAACGUGUCCUAUUAUACCGGGGAUCAUGCCCAUUAACUCGUACAAGGCCUUCAUCCGCAUGACCGGCUUCUGCAAAACUAAGAUUCCCCCUGAGGUUAUGGCUGCAUUGGAACCGAUCAAGGACAAUGACGAAGCUGUCAAGGCAUAUGGUGUUCAGCUUGCAACUGAUAUGUGCAGAAAGAUUUUGGCUACUGGGAUGAGAGCUAUACAUCUUUACACCUUAAACAUGGAGAAAUCUGCUUUGGCAAUACUGACGAAUCUUGGCCUGGUUGAGGAGUCCAAAUUUCCGAGAUCCUUGCCUUGGAGACGUCCAACAAAUGUUUUUCGUGCAACAGAAAGUGUUCGUCCUAUUUUCUGGGCUAAUCGUCCAAAAAGCUACAUCGGAAGGUCAAUUUCCUGGGACCGCUACCCAAAUGGUCGAUGGGGAGAUUUCCAAACUCCAUCUUUUGCACCACUGACUGAUUAUCAGUUCUUGCGACCACGAUCUCAUGAGAAGAGAUUUCUAGAAGAAUGGGUUGUUCCUUUGAAAAAUCUUGAAGAUAUUUACGAGAAAUUUGCAAAGUUCUGCCUUGGGAAAACCAGAAGUAGUCCGUGGUCAGAACUAGAUGGACUUCAGCCGGAGACCAAGAUCAUCAACGAACAGCUUGGUAAUAUUAACAUGAAAGGCUUUCUCACUAUCAACAGCCAACCAGCUGUUAAUGGAGCAAAGUCUGAAACAUCAUAUGUUGGAUGGGGAGAGGCAGGUGGAUAUGUGUAUCAGAAAGCAUACCUAGAGUUUUUCUGUUCUCCGGCAAGCUUGACUGCGCUGAUCAAUAAAUGCAAAGCCUUCUCCUGCCUCAGCUACAUGGCGGUUAACAGAGAAGGUGUCUGGAUUUCAAAUAUGAAAAACACAGAUGUGAAUGCAGUCACAUGGGGAGUUUUCCCUACAAAGGAGAUUGUGCAACCCACCAUUGUCGAUCCUCUAACCUUUAUGGUGUGGAAGGAUGAAGCCUUUGAGUUGUGGUCGAGAGGGUGGGCCAAUCUCUACCCAGAAUCUGAUCCCUCUAGAAAACUACUUGAAGAGGUGAAGAACAGUCACUACUUGGUCAGCUUGGUUGAUAAUGACUAUGUCCAUGGAGGCUUAUUUGCUCUCUUUAGAGAUACUUGAAACAAUUACUCAUUGGU